GUUGUGGUUUGAUUUGGGUUUGAUAUGUAGUAUCUCCUUACUAGUCUGUGGUUUGUCGUGUAAAUAAAUGGUAAAAUAGGUACUGAAUUGAAUAGUUUCUUUAACGGAGAAACUUGUGUAAUAUUUAAAAUACUAUGGCAUAAAUGAUAUUUCAAAUAGUUAUUUUUAAUAAUGUCUUCGUCCAGUUCAAACACUUCACAAAUUUACUAUGAAGAUAUUCCACCGGGAACUCUCAAUGAAGAAGAAUUCAUAUGUACUGAAAGAAUCGUUCCAAGAAAAAUAAAACCACAAAACAUUGUAAUGAGGUUAAUGGACAGAGAAAUAUAUGGUUCUCGAAAACCAGGUUCCCAUUUUCAUGUCGUUCGAGAGUUUUACCAAAAUGUAUUUCCAAAUUUGACUAUUGUUAAUGUCGAGAAACCACCUUGCUUUUUGAGAAAGUUUAGUCCCGAUGGAAAGAAUUUUAUAGCUUUUUCAGCUGACCAGACAUCAUUAGAGAUAUAUGAAUAUAAAGGUGCUGCAGCUGCUGGUGAUCUAGUGGCUGGAUAUCCUUCUGAUUUAUUAAAGACUGAUGCAGAUGCACAUCACAGAAUACGGACACACAUAUUUUACAGAUUUUUUAAGCCUAAAUUCACUGUUAAUGUAUGUCAACAAAGAGAUAACCUAAGACCAGAAUCAAAUCCUGGUCAAAUGCCUUUCAUGGAACAACAGUUGAAUAGAGAAUGCAGCUUAUUUACAGAAGAUGGUAGAUAUGUGAUUGUUGGCUCUGCUGCACAUAUACCAGAUGAUUUGAGACCACAUUUCUAUCACAUACACAGCAACAAUGAGGCAGUCACACCCACAAUAAGAUCAGCUUUAGAAGACUACUCAUUGCAUUUAGUUGAUUUACAUCAUGGGAAACUUUGUGAUACAAAACAUUUCAGGAUUGACAAAAUUUAUCUCUCACACAACCAAGGCAUCUAUUUAUACAAAGAAGUCUUAGCAGUACUCUCUGUACAACAUCAAACUAUACAUUUGUUUCAAAUUGUUGAUGGAAUGCUAAUAGAAAUACGAAAAAUUGGCAGAUUUUGCUAUGACGAUGAUCCAUUACUGGUAAAUUCAGUGUUUACCCCAAAAGGAAACGAAAGGCCUUUUCAUGAAGAAACAAUAAACAGUUUAAAACAUAGACUGCUUGUGUUCCUUUUUAAGAGGGCUAAGAAAAUAAGUGAUGAAUCUGGUGAUCCUCUUGAGUUAAGAAAAUUUUAUAAAUAUUUUGAUAUGUUUAAAAGUUUACGUAUGUGGAAGAUGCAGCUUUUAGAUGAAGACCAUCUUUUUAUCAAGUAUGCAAGUGAAGAAGUUGUGACACUGAGAGUUGCUGAACCAAACAGUCAAUCAUCUUUCUUUGUUAUUUAUAACAUAAGUGAAAGUAAAAUUCUAGAGGUUUAUGAAAAUACAUCUGAAGGAUUACUACAACUCUUUGAAAACUACUGUGAUUGCUUUAGAAAUGCAAGAUUACGUGCAGACUCACAAUUCACAUGUUCUCCUUCCAACAAUUUAUAUGCAAGACUAACACAACAAAGAUUCAAACAGACAAUAGUGCGAGCAAUCUAUGGUGGUUGUACAGAAGCUACUAAGAGAAUUUUGGCACAAUUACCAAUAAGUGCUCAGUCAUAUAGUGGGUCACCUUAUCUAGAUUUAGGUUUGUUUAGUUAUGAUGACAAAUGGGUAUCUGUUAUGGAAAGACCAAAGGCAUAUGGAGAAUAUCCUAUAAGAUUUUAUGCACGUGACUCUGGUUUAUUAAAAUUCAAAAUUUACGCUGGAGUAAUGGGCCAGUCAGUACCUGCACAUGCGCGCCGGCUGGUUGCAUUCACAUUCCACCCCACGGAUCCAUUCGCCAUUAGCGUCCAGAGAACCAACUCUGAAUAUAUUGUCAACUUCCAUAUUAGGAAUGCAGUGUUCAGUUGAUAUUAUGAGAAAUACUAAUUUUUUAUUGUACUUAUAUAAUUGUGUAAAUAUUAUUACUAAGUAAAGUUGCUACCAUGUAGUAAACAUUGAUUUUAUCGUAGUCAUCUGACAAUAACACUGACUAAUAAAUAAUAUGAUCAAAUUCAAAAUUGCUGUUUUAGAACUUGUAUGGUUUAACAAUAUACCCUACAUGAAAUCGGUGCAAUUUUUUUAAUAAUGUGUUGCUUACCGUAAAUCAUAUUCAAUUUGUUUUCCUCUUUUUGUGACCUACU